UACUAGUGAGGAAAACUCCAACAGUUAAAAAUAAACUUAACGAGCUGAGGGACAAGACAAGAGGUUGCACAAGGAAAAGAAGUAGAGAGUGUACAAAUGCAAAUUUUUGGCCAACUUUCAUUUGGGCCGGCCCAAUGUGUCCAAGACCCACUUGUCAAGAAAAAAAAAAAAGUUUCGUAAGUUAUUUCCCAGAAAAAAACAGUACAGAGAGAAAUUUGAUGAAUCACUACUUCUCAGUCUCUGACACUCUAUCAAUUCUUUCGUCAGGAGAGAGAAAGAGAGUGAGGGAUUGAAUUUUAUAUCCUGAAUUUGUGAUGAAUUAUUGAUCAUUAAUUCCCCAGAAAUUAACAACAAGAUUUAUUUAGAGAGAAAUUAAUACAGUGAUGAUGCCAAGAGAGAUCUUUGCAUUUGCUCAACGUCGAUGGCUUUACAUUUGCAUCGUUGCUGCUUUUCUCCUCGUCUUCACCAUUUCCUUCAGUUUCCAGGGCAUAGUUGAGGAGGAUCUUGAAAUUACUCACAGAGUGUUUUUGGAUGUUGACAUGGAUGAUCAACGAUUAGGUAGAAUCGUGAUUGGAUUAUUUGGUACUGUUGUUCCAAAAACAUCUGAAAAUUUCAGAGCUCUUUGCACUGGAGAGAAGGGGAUGGGCACAAGUGGUAAACCUCUACAUUAUAAGAAAACACCAUUCCAUCGUAUAAUUCCUGGGUUUAUGAUUCAAGGUGGUGAUAUUGUUCAUGGUGAUGGGAAGGGUGGAGAAUCAAUUUAUGGCAGUACCUUCCCUGAUGAGAAUUUCAAACUUAAACAUUGGCAUGCAGGUAUUGUGUCUAUGGUGAAUUCUGGACCUAAUUCCAAUGGCUCACAAUUCUUUAUUACCACAGUGAAGGCAAGCUGGUUGGAUGGCGAGCAUGUUGUCUUUGGGAAGGUUUUACAAGGCAUGGAUACUGUAUAUGCCAUUGAAGGAGGAGCUGGAACUUAUAGUGGAAAACCUAGGAAGAAGGUGGUCAUAGCUGACUCCGGAGAGAUACCCAAGAGCAAAUGGGAUGAGGAAAUGUCUAAACUUUAAUUAAGAAUUUGCUUAUUUCCUUAGUGUAGAAGGUUCAGUUAUUAGUUGGCUAGGCAUAAGAUUUUAUGUUGUAUGUUGUUCAUACAUGUCAUGACGAGGAAAGGAAGCUGAAAUCUAGGUUGGCUUUACAUGUCUGCUUCUGAUCCCGGAAGAGUUUCUUGAUCAUUAGGCAAAUUCUAGUUCUAUUUAUGUUGUUAGCUUGUAGAACCCUGUAAUAUAGGCUUGUAAAUGAUACAUGUUGAAUUCAUUUAUCGAAAUUGGCAUAAAUGAGUGGAUGAGUCAUGAUAUAAAAAUCUUACUAAGUCAACACUCGUGCCUCUAUAUUUUGCUGUCUA